AUGAAGGACUUGGGAGAGUUGAGAUUUUUCCUAGGAAUUGAAUUUGCAAGGUCAAGUAAGGGAAUUCUUAUGAACCAAAGAAAAUAUGCAUUGGAGCUUCUCUCAGAGUGUGGAUUGGGAGAAAGAAAGCCAACUGCUUCACCACUGGAUAAGAACAUGAAGCUCACUAGCGUAGAAUAUGAUAAGCAUUUUGGAGGACAAACAACUGAUGGAGAUCUGGAGGACAGAAGAGUAUAUCAAAGGCUAGUUGGGAGACUCUUAUAUCUUGCAAUCACAAGGUUUGAUAUAUCUUUUGCGGUUCAGGUUCUGAGUCAUUUCAUGAAUGUUCCAAAACAGUCUCAUUAUGAAGCAGCUUUAAGGGUAGUAAAAUAUGUGAAAGGAUCAAUAGGACAGGGACUGUUAAUGAGUAGCAAAGCUAAUGGAAAAGUGACUGCAUUUUGUGAUGUAGAUUGGCAUCAUGUUCAAUUACCAAGAAUUCAGUCACAGGAUAUUGCAUAA